ACACAAUUAUAUGGACAAGUCUUCCUCCUUUUAUGUCCUUAGUUUUGAUCUUUUCAUUCUAAUUUGGACAUCUUUCAGACUAAAUUCUCACUGGAUUUCUCCUCAUUUUAACUCAUAUUCUUCUCAUUUUAACUGGAUUUCAAAUUGAAACGCAGUCUGAAAAUUUUGACAUAAUUAAUCAGUUGAAAAAAAGAGCGUAGAAAACACGUCAAACAUUAAUUGAUUAGCAAUUUGCCUUUUCACCAACUUAUUUGAAUUAUUACUGACCUGGAAAAUUUGAGUCGAAGGAGCUUCAUUCAUUCGAGAACUUUCGGGAACUUAGACGCACGAAAAAGGUGUAUUUCGGGACUUGUCAAAUUCUACGUUUCAACCAACUGAUUUGGUGCCGACCAAUUUUUCAAAGAUGAAGCUAGAAACCAGCAGAGCUACGUAUUUGAUGCCUCUAUCGAACGGCGAAGAGAGUAUUGGAGGCUACAUGCAGCAACAUACGAACCCCCAGAUUUUUCACCCCCACCCACAUCUCAACAAUCAAUCCCACCAUUUCCUCUACGAGUCCUCCGCCGACUCAGUCCUCGUAGAAAUACCCGAGUUACGUCACCAAAACGAGCACCAACACCACUCACAUAACAGAUCCUACUUCUCGUCACAAGUUUCCAAGUUCGCAGACCCAGACUUUUCUAUAUUGCAUAACCACGGUGGCGAAAAUGACGUCACCAACUUGUUCGGACAAUCUGACCCCAAUUUCGACCAAUCACAGAAGAGACACCCCCAUUCGCAAACCAAGUCGCAUGUGGGUGAAAAAAUGUCCAAUUGCGUCAGCGGAACCUCAGGGAAAGUCGCGAGGAAGUCGAGAAGGUCAAAUAGCCCAACUGCGCUGAUCAAAGAACUGACAGGAAGCGCUAGUCCUCUGACUAGUAUUGACGAGAUCGACAAGCGAUAUCUCGCGAAUUUGAGCCGAGAAGAAAGACGUCGCAUUCGUAGAGCAACUGUGAAAUACAGAACGGCUACUCAUGCGUCUCGUGAACGGCUUCGCGUUGAGGCUUUCAGUAUUGCUUUUACAGAAUUAAGAAAACUUUUACCGACUCUUCCACACGACAAAAAGCUGUCCAAAAUCGAAAUUCUGAGAUUGGCAAUUGCUUAUAUCUCAUAUCUUGAUCAUCUUUUGGCUUCUACUUCUUGAAUGUUCAAACUCUUCGGAAACAGAAAAAUA